UUGACUAAAUUAAAUGCAAAAAUGUAGAAAUCCACAUCCCAUUCAAAGAGUUCCUUGCGCCUUAGGUCUUGGUCUGAGGUGUUUAGUGCGCCGUUCAGGACGCGGAGCCGCAAGUUCAGUCUUGUUUUGGUCAGAGUUUGGCGGGCAUGGCCUGCAAACACUUGUUCACUACAAAAUGAGCGAAAUACUUACCAGGAGGCGAUCCAGAUACCAAAACAUAGCUUCAAAUGUAAGGAGUGAUGGCCCUGAUGUGCAUGGAGCAAGUGUCAAGGUGGAAGAAGACUGUGGAUCAGACCUUUUCGUGUCUGAUGAUGAUGAUGUGGCUGACCGUGAUUAUGUCCAGCCGGCACACGUCAGCAGCAGCGAUGACGAACCUCUGUCACCGAAAAAGGAACGGCACAAGAGGCAGAGAGCCAGGUCUCUACUGCAGCCUUGUGUUCCCCACCUGCCAGACCAUGAAUUGAGUGAUAAGGGUGCAAGAAAUUCUCCCCGUGGCUCCAGAGUGCCUGCCGUGACCAGGGUGCCUCAGAAAGCUACUACUUCUUCAGUGGUCCCAGUCUUGAGUGACUCAUCACACCAUGAACAAGUGAAGAAGCCGAACAAAUCAUACUACUUAAGGGACAAGAAAAACUUCAGGUGGUCAUUGGAGCUGCUUCACACUGCCGUCUGUGAGCACCGGUGGGACGACGCCUUCAGGCUCCUGCCAUGUGUCAUCACCCACACAGUACCACAUCUUUCCCUGGAGUUUCUGUGGCGGGUGACGGAUGUCAUCACCAGAAAUGUCCCGAGUCUGUCUGUGAAUGACAGAAAAAAAUUCAGGUCCAUUCUUCAUGGCAUGAAGUUAAAGACAUCAAUGUUUCUUGACAUUUUAUCACAAGAUCUUGGAGAAGCAACGGACAGAGAUGCUGAUGAACUGUUGCAGAUGAUUGAGGACAUCCAGAACCAGAGGCAGCCUCCGGCACAGGGGAUUGAGACCAGGACAGGCAAGCGCUUCAAGGCCCUGUCUGAUGGCUACAUUGGUCUAGUGCAUUACCACCGCUGGAAGAGCUCCUUGCUGAAUGCCAUGUCAUUCUCCCAGGCACUGGACGAUGAUUCAUGCUUAGUGAGCAUCUGUGAAAGUCAAGGAACAGCAAACACCAGCAAGAAUGAGAUAGCCAGAACGGCUCACUGGUUCCUGAAGAAAGCUCUCAGUGGCCUUAUUGAACCUUGUGACUGGUUCAUGCUGCAAUUCCUGGAGCUGGAGAAGGAGCUGUACGGACAGGAGUCGGCCAUCAGUGUGUUGGAGCGGUACAAGAGUGACCCUUGCCGUGCCCCAGCGCAUCACCUCGCCUACCACUUCUACAAGAACCUGGUGCCGGGAUCAGUCAUGGAGCAACUAGUGGAGCUGGAGUGCAUCAGCAGAGCAUGUCCCGAUGACCCCCUGGUGCUGGAGGAAGUGAACCUCUAUCUUCACAGCUUGGAGCAUGGAGGGCUGGCACUGGAUAGGGCCAUGAUGUGGAUGAGGAGUGCUGAGAGUGACAGUGGCCAGGAAAGCAGUGAUGAGUGUCCUUCUCCAGGCCCCACAGAUGCCUUCUGCACACUGAAGACAACAGGGAAGGUGGAGGUGCUGAUGAGGUGCCUGAUGCUGCUUGUGGCAAUGCUGGACUACCCAGCCCACACCUGGGACCUGCAGCCGUGGCAGAAGCUGACGCAGGUGUUGACCAAAUUUUACCAGGCCUGGGUCCGAUGUUGGUUCUGCUUGGCCUGCAGAAACACAAGGAAGAGGAUACACAGACUAGCCAUGACAGUGGUGCCUCUGUGGAAACAUUUUGUGUGGAAGGAGCCUCCAGCCAACCUGCCCUUGGAGCAGGCCAGGGUCCUCUUCCAUCAUGUGUUUGUUGCUUUCAUAUUUAACUACAAUGAAGAGUACAUGAGUCACUCCCUGUCUGUCCUGUGGGCGAGUGGUCACUUGCAGCUGAGGGAAGAGCUGAUGAACCUCAUAAACUUCCCAGGAGCUUUCCUUAGGCACUUUAGCCUGCUUGCCAAGAAGUAUAGGAAAAGAGUGGAAGGCAUUUCACUAAGGUUUCUGAGCCAAACUGCAUCCCAAAAUAAGAGGGCCAUCCAGCAGAACCAAGAGAGAACACAGAACACAUCAGAGGUUGCGACCAUUACUUCAUCUCAGGACCUGGACCAGGAGACUCAAAAAGAAGGACUGCAUGACUCGGAGUGUGAGGGAGAUCUUACACAACUUUCACCAUUUAAGGAUUCUGCAAUCCAUAACAUUUUGAAUGAAGAAACUGGAUUGUCACCAAAAUCUCUGAGAAACAUUUUUGAAGCAUCAUUUGAAGGAGAUUUUCUCACCAGCACUCAAACCAAAGAUGAGAGAUGCAGAGACCAGAAGAAACUUGUAGAGAAUCCUGAAUUGAAUGGUACUUACAUAACUUAUCAGGAAAUCAAUAACAAAUUUGCCUCAGCAUCUGAUGCUCUAAAGACUAAAGAUGAUCAUACUCAGAGCAAAAUAAGAAAAUGUGAAAGCCCUCCCAAUGUGACAUCAAAAAGGAAAGAUUUUGGUGAUUGUACUGAAUCUAGUGAUAAAGUAGAUGGAAAACAGGAUUCCAUUGAAAGUAAGAAAGAUUCCGAAAGUACAUCUGUGAAAGCUAAAUCAGGAACACAGAAGGAGAGCAAGCUUCCUCAGAGAAAAGAAUCAGUGCCCCAACCUGCUGCUCUACCCACAAGAAUCAGACUAAGUAAUAGGAGAUUAUAUCAGUCAUAUAGCAAAGGCACCACAACAAUGAGCAACAAAACAAUGCUGGAUGCAGAUCAAAAUUGCUUGCCAGAGGAAGGCACUGGUACCAUCUCUUGCUUGACACAUAGACUUGGCAGUGAUAGAAGUACUGUUGAUAGACAGUCUGUUAAUUGUCAGGAGGAGACAGCCCAUGAAGUCCAAGGAGCAGAAGACAGUUUCCUACAGCUAGAGGGGAAGGAGGAACGUGGUAGUUGGAAUGAAGCUGAGAGCACUUGUGUAGAAAAUCCAGAAAAGAAAAAAUUGCUCUUUGAUGAAUCCCUGAGCACAGAUACUAAGGUGACAAGGCAUGAUGUGAAUAUUACUUUGGAGACAAGUGUGAGAAAUACUGAAGACAGAAAUGAAUGUUCUAUCUCUUCCUCAAGCUCUGCACAAAAUGUACCUGACACCAGAACUUUCUGUCAUGUUAGUGAACUAAAAAGUGACAGACCAGAAUAUAGUGCAAGUGGUGGAGAUAAAGAAAAAAUAAAUGAAAAAGACAUCAGUACAAGAAGUGAUGAAGAUAGUGCAAAGUACAAAAGUGACAAACAUGAAGAUUGCAAAAGUCGCAAAGACAACACAAAAAGAAGCAAAAGUGAAAAAGUGAAACACAAAUUGAAGAAUUGCAAGGACAAUACAGAAGAAAAGGAUAAACAAACACCAGAAUCCAACACAAAAUCAGUAUGUCAGCAUAUUGAUAAAAACAAAUAUCAGGAUCUAAAUAAAUCACAUGUCAAAGGAACAAUAGCUAAUGAAGACUCACUAAGAACUCCAAACCAGACUAGAUCCAAAAAUGACAUGAAGUAUAUAACAGUUGUCAGAGAAACGGAAACCCAGUCACAUGAUGAAGUAAGUGAUGAUGCUUUCCAAAUAGUUCCAGAAACCCAGAGUCAGAUGGACACAAGCAUCAACAUUUCCACUGAAGACAGACACUCUGACAAGGCUCAGCAAGAGGAGGAUGAAGUAGUUCACAGAAAACAGAAUGAAGCAGUCCAGGAGAAAGAGAAUGAUAAAACAAAAGGGAAGCAGAAUGAAGAAGUUCAAGGGAAAGACAAGUCAGGGGAGCGACAGUGUGAUGAAACAGAUGUAGGAAAACAGACAGAAUCAAUCCGAGAAGAAUGGAAAUCUGAGGAACAAGUGCUCAGUAGUAUUGGUCAAGGAAGACAGGGAGAAGUAACUUUAGAAAGUUUGGAAAUUGAUGUAGGUAGUGUCUUCAAUCAAGAAUACUCCCACAGCUCCCUUAGUAGCCUUACAGCAGGCCAGAGGGAGAGGGGGAGCACCUCCUCCCCUGAUGAGCCUGCACCAGUGAGUCAGUGUGGCCAAGGAUUCUUUUUAACACAAGAGAGAGAAUCUGGUGAGGUUUUGCUGUCACUAGAUGGCAAAGAGUCAGGAAGUCAGAAACCAGAACAUGGGGAUAUAAAAGUGAUUACCCUGGAUGAGCUAGAAAAAUUGGAUUUGGAAGAUCUGGACUGUAAUCUGCUCAGGAGACUGGCAGAGCAACAUUACAGUGAGUCCAUUAAAAGUGAAGAAAAUUCCUCAGAGGUGCAAAACUGGCACUCAGACAAAACUCCAGAUGGUUUAUUGGAAUCAGUGUCAAUGCACCAAGACCCCAAGGAGGGUUCCAAUGCCACCACUUGUGUCACUGAAGAGGAAACAUUGCUUGAAGCUGAAAACUGGGUGCAGGUCCAGAGGAAACCAGAUGAACCACAACAAGAAUCUCCAUCUGAAGAAAGAUGUAAUUUACAAACAGAAGUGCAGGAUUCUGAGGAGAACUCUUCAGGUUCAGAACAUAAAUCGCUUAAAAAAUCAUUAGAUAAAAUUAAAUCUACAGCACAAAAAGUCCUUGAACCAGAGACAGUUGCCCCAAAAGAACACGGUACAGACAGUAAGGCUUUACCCAAAACAACACAGGCUUUUGAGCGGAGGAUCCCCACUAACAAACACGAUGGAACGUUGCCACCCCAGGACGGCCAGCUGCAGACUCCUUCCACCAGACACCCUAACAUGCCUUGGUUUAUGCUGCAUGUGGAGGAUCUGCCAACUCCUUCCAUGCAGGAUAUUAUCAAGCACUCGGACACCAGCACUCCCAUCACAUCAGGGAAGCAAAGGCAUAGGCCAUCAGGCACCCCAAAAGACACAAGGGGCUCUACAAAACAUUCCCGGGUGCCCCAUUAUCCUGCAUCAUGGCUUGAAGGUUUGCCCCUCCCAGGCACUGGCAACAACACCCCCAGCAGAAAGAGCAAGGACAUUGAUGCUCAUGAGGCAAAAUUUAAAAUUCCAGAGGGUGUGCUGUCCAGUGCUUCAGUAACAAGGAAAGCAUCAAGGAAAAGCAAGAAGAUAUUGAGAGACCCUGAGGUGGAAAAUCCUGAUGCUGCAUUGUCUGGCACAUCUAGAGGAAAAACAGAGAAAUCAUCAAGAAAAAGAAAGAAAAAAGUUUUGGCGUAUACAGAUGAAGGAAUCAUAGAUGUGAAAGGUUUGGAAGACAAUAUAUCACUGUGUGGCAAAGACAGAGAAGAAGGUGCUGAACCUGGAAUAGAGACAUCAGUGCCCAUAAUGGAAGAGGCUGAAAUGAUUGACAGCAAACAGGAGUCUGAAACAAGAAAUGAUGUGUGUACCUCUGUUACAGAUGGGAUGGAUGAUCUUCCCAUUCCCAGAGACACAGAGGCUGGCUUGGAAGUAUCACCUGAGAGGGACACUUCAUCAAUGAUUGAAACUGACAUGAAUAUUUUGGAAAGUGAUGGUCAGCAGUGUGUGCAAGAUAUUCAUUAUGGCACAGACACAGAUGAACUGAAGGAUCUUCCACCCAAUAAUGAAGACAAAGGAGAUGGUUUGGAAAUCAACGAAAAUGUUUUUAAAAACAACAAUCAUCACUCUGUGUGGGAAGAUUUUCAACAUGCCACUCAAGCUGAAUGGUUUAAGGAUUUGCCACUCCCUAAUGUUUUAGUAAUGUCACCUGACAGAAAUGACACAUCCAGCCUUAAAACCAAAAAACAACACUCAGAAAGAAGAAAGAGCAGUUUUGGAGUCCCAGUAAUGGAUUGGAUGAAAGAUUUAUCACUUCAUUGUGAAAAUAGACAGUCUAAGGCACAAAGAGAUGUCACACCAGUACCUGAAACCAGAUAUCCCACACUGACAACCAGCAAGCACCAAUUCAAAAGUAAAAGACGAGAAUCUUUAUUGAAUUGGACUGAAGGUCUCCCUUUUGAUAUUGAAAGUAUACUGGCUGGCUUAAAGAAACCACUUCAUGAAGACAACACAUCACAGGUUGACAAGGCAGCUUUAUGUACCAAUCAGUCUGUUGAUGAGGAAAAUAAUGAAGACCAAAGUGUGACAGGUCCACCAAGCAUGAAUGAUUUAAUGUACAAUAGUGAACAAGAGGAAGAGACUCAUGAGACAUCACCUCAUUCAAAAAAACAAAUUGAUCAGGGAAAGGAAGCUCCAUCAAGGAAACGUACAAGAGCAGACAGGAUAUCAGCCACAGAAUCAAACACUGACAUUACUGGUGAGGGACAGAAACCAGAGAGCAAAAAAGAGGCUGACAGAGUUGAGAAAAUAAAAAAGAAACUGAAGAAGAAAAAGAAAAGUUCAGAUGAAAGUCCAAGCCACAGUAAGGUGACAGGCUCAAGUCCUGCUACAACUCAAGAGGAAAGUGUCAGAGGCAGCAUCUUGUCCCCUGUCAUGAAAGAUGUUCAAACCACAGAGAGUGAAAGUGUCAGAGAAGGUGAAUGUGAGAAAGGCGAGAGAGACUGUAGGAAAGAAAAAAAGAAAAGAAAGACAAUCCAAGAGAAGAGUGAGAAAGGGAGUAGUGGCAUGAACCUAAGAAACAUGAGGCAUGAGGAGUGUGAGGGAGAGACUAGUUAUUAUGGUGCUAGUGAAGAUAUGAAAGAUGGAGGUAAAAGAAAAAAGAGAAAGACUAAGCAAAAGGAAUAUGAGAAACAAAGCACAGAUAACAACCAAGAAAUUUCUGGAAAUAUCAGACUUGAGGAGUAUGAGGAAAAAAGCAGUUAUUUUAGUGUGAGUGAGGAGGAUCCAGAAUUGAAAGCAAGAAAGCAUGUGAAAGACAGUCCAUAUAAAGUAGAAACAGUUUGGCAUUCUAAUUCAGAUUUGACUGUGACGACUUCAAAACGUAAACAAGCUGACUCAGACAAGCGGGAGUUGGCUCGACAUGGCAGCAGGCAUAGCAAGAGACAGAAGCUGGAGAGCAGCAGACUUGGCAGUGAGUGUAGCACGUCAUCAGAUCGUAACUUCAGCAUCACCGUCUGCAACCAAAUAGAGGGGCUCAGCAACAUAAGAAUCACCCUUAGCCACAGCCCUGCGAGUGACAGCACCACCUCCACGGAUAAAGGGAUUAAAGUGGAGGUCCAGUUCUCCAACCAGAACUCUGUGACUGGAGGUGCAGGAGAACUGUGCACACCUGUAGCUGGCCAGGAUGACUCUGGUAACCUGAGACAAAGCGUGGAGUCACCAAGGGUCCCCACCCCCCACAGGAGUCCAGCAAGUGCAAGAAAACGGAAGCUCUUUGGGGAUGAUUCAUCCAACUGAAUUAUCAUGCUGGGCACCGCUGUGCAUCUCAGCCUCCACCAGGCCUGCUGUCCUGCUGUGCCAGGAGCCACCUGCCACACAUUUGUGGUGGUGACUGUGUUGCCUUGCAUUACUUCUCAACUGUGGUGGUGUUUUUUGUCAUUGAUCCACCCCAGUUUGUUUACUGACAUUUUUCUUUUAUGUUUCAUGUUCUCAAAUCUUCCAGUGCAAGAAUUCAGUUGCACCAAUUAGAGAUUUGUGGUCUUAAUUUUUUUCUUUUAAGAAUUUCUUGUGUGGUGUUUUUAUUUUAUUUUAUUUUAUUUUAUUUAUUUAUUUAUUUAUUUAUUUAUUUAUUUAUUUAUUUAUUUAUUUAUUUAUUUAUUUUUGGUUCACAAAAUGUUCUCAUUGUAUGUGCAGUGAGAGGAGGCAGGUAUGUGCCUCCUCCUUUGUGAUGCUUAUGUGUGCCAAGGUGUUCACACCAACCUCAGGGAGUGUGAUAGCCUGAAUGUUGAGGAAGGAUGAGUCAGGGAUAUGUGAUGGUGCUUCCCCCAUUAUGUCUAAGGUCUGCAAAUAAGAUAUGUCAGUAAUGUUAUGUAUCAGUAACAGGAAUCAAAGGACACUCAUCAUUAUUCUGGAAGUCUCCAUAGUAGAUAAUAUUUAUUUACUUUUAGAGAGAUGUAGCAGUAAAGAACGGAACUGUGUUGUGGUAAAGGUGACCAAGUGUGACACCUUCAGAUAGCACAGCUGCCUGGACAGAAGAGGAAGGGAGGUGAUGGGGAAGAGAAAGGUGGAUUGGAUGCAGUGGCUGUGAGAAGAUUGCCUAUUGAAUGUGGGGUGUGUUUUGAAAUACUGAAGCGAGAGAGAGAGAGAGAAAGAGGGAGAGAGAGAGUUGAAGAAGUGUGUUUAAGUGGAUGAAGACAGCAGGAAGCUUCUCCCUUGUGGUUGCCACCUUGCUGUCCCUAAGUGGGUUUCAGAGUACAUUAUAUUUUAAUUUUGAUCAAUGUUGAAUUUAAUUUGUUCAUUUUAUUUUUUGUUAUUAUUGAUAAUUAUGUACAACUGUAUAUUCAGUUACUGUGCCAUAAAGUUUCUUAGUAGGUUUCAGAGUACAUUAUAUUUAAUUUUGGUCAAUGGUGAAGUAAAUUUGUUUAUUUUAUUUUUGUUAUUAUUGAUCAUUAUGUACAUAUGUAUAUCAAAUUUCCGUACCUUAAAGUGCGAAUAUAAUUAUAAAUAAUUUCCUUGCAAAAUAAGUUGGUGUGUGUUUUGAUAUUGUACCUUUAAGGAAAUAUAUUAAAGUUUUAUAUUUGUAAACCAA